AUGCGGCCGCUUUUCCUGGCCGCCCUCCUUGUGCUGGGAAUUUUAGCUGUAGAUGAGGCGAAAGAAGAUGAUGGCCCGAUUGUUAACACCAAAUAUGGGCCUGUCCAAGGACUGAAAGUGGAAGCAAAAGACGGGUCGAGUGCUAAUGUUUUCCUUGGAAUUCGAUAUGCUAACGCCCCGGAUAACUUCCAUCGGUUUGAGAAGCCGCAUAUCGUCGACAAAUGGGACUUCCUGCACCAUGCCACCAGAUUCCGGGCUGCCUGCAUUCCGGUUCAUAGCGAGGAUUGCCUCUUCCUGAAUAUUCUGACGCCUUCUGAUCUUCAAAGCACCCACCCCGUAAUGGUGUUCAUCCACGGGGGUGGUUUCGCCAUCGGAAACACGGAGGAAUAUGGCUACAAGAAGCUUGUAGAUCACUUUGUCUCUAAGGGAAUUGUUGUCGUGACGAUUCAAUACCGAUUGGGACCUCUUGGCUUCUUCUCCCUUGGAGACGCGACUGCGCCUGGAAAUAUGGGUCUUUGGGAUAUGGCCACGGCUCUGGAGUUCUUGCACGAUGUCCUCCCCGCCUUCGGAGGCAACGUCAACCAAAUCACCGUAUCCGGACAGUCUGCCGGUUCCUCUGCCGCUAGUGCUUUGACUUUUUCGCCACACGCAGAUGUCUAUUUCCAUCAAACGAUCGAACUCUCCGGAUCCGUUUUUGCGGAAUAUUCACUAUCCGAAUCGGUUGUCGAGAACUCCUUCGCCCUGGCCAAAGAGGUUGGAUGCCAGAAAAACAACGAAAAGGACCCCCGGAAAAUCCUGGACUGCAUGAGGGAGAGGACAGCGCAGGAGAUACUGGACGGUGUUGAUAGGAUUGGACCUAGCCGCACGCAUCCGAACUUCUUGAAGUUCCACCCCAGGAUUGACGGCGAAUUCUUCCCGUAUCCUCUGGACCAGAUGCUUAAGACGGCGCAGCCUAAGCCUGUUCUUUCUGGCUUUACGGAUCAGGAAUCGGCGAUUUUUGCCAGCGGCUUCGAGGGCUACCCGGCCUUCAACGGCGUCCGGCUCACCAAGGAGGACCAGAAGAACUUUACUCGAGAUGCGUUCUUCAAGUUCAUCUCCGAAAACGUAGCUACUGAACAUGAGCAUGGGCGUAAAAUGGGUCCCUUCCUCGACCUCCUCGAAGAGUAUUACAUCAAGCGCGACGCUCCGGCAAAACCAGACAACAAAUUUUAUGUUCAGAGGUAUACUGAGCUCCUCUCCGAUCUGAUGUUCGUUGUCCCGACGCUCCAUGACCUCGAGCUGCGACGACUCCAAAACUGGCCCAGCUGGCUGUAUCAAAUCACCUACACGUCGUCGCUUGAGAAGAAGCUGGAUCGCGAUAAUAAGGGAGCCUGGCACGCCACCGAGCUGAAGUACCUCUUCGACAUCUUUGGGAUCAAGGACGAAGAUUUGGCGCCGGAAGAUGCCAAAUUCCAGAAGGCGUUCGUGGACAGUUUGGCGAAUUUUGUGAUUAAUGGUAACCCCUCGACCGACUCGUUCAAAUGGGACCAAGUUUCGAAGGACAAGCCCUGGACCUACGCCAACUUUGCCGAAACACCUAACAUGGAAAAGACGUUUGACCCAAAACUCGUCGAAUUCUGGCUAAAGAGAAUUCCGAAAGCUGUCGGAAGCGAUCACCUGAGCAAGAGCCGACUCCCCGGAGCCCAUGCUCAUCGUGUGCACACUGAACUC